AUGGGGUCCGCGUUGCUGGCUAUCGACACCGGUAUGAGAGGGCCGUCUUGCUCGGUCUCAGCAUCUAGUGCCACUUCGAACUACUGCUUCAACGCUGCCGCAAACCACAUCAGACGAGGCGAAACGGACGUCAUGGUGGCUGGUGGGACCGACGCUGCAAUCAUACCACUCGGGCUCGGUGGAUUCAUAGCCUGCAGAGCCUUGUCUCACAGAAACGAAGACCCACAUAAGGCGUCCAGGCUAUGGGACGUGCAUCACGACGGUUUUGUCAUGGGAGAGGGUGCUGCUGAGUUGGAGGGUGAAGUGACGAUUGACACUGUGCCAAAUGUAAAGAAGCAGCAUCAAAUAAACGUUGCCAUAUCCAACUCAUGUGGCCUUGGAGCUCAUAAUUCCGUUGGUGUCUUUGCUCCCUUCAGCCCUUAA